ACUACAGAACUUAGUCCUAAACCUGCAGCAAUGGGUAGAACUUACUUUGUUGAGGAAGCUAUUGGUCAGUAUCUUUCAAACCUCAGCACAAAAGUACAGCCUUAUGUCACUGGCCUGUUAAUAGGGCAGUGUUCUGUGCAAAAAGACUACGUAAUUCGGGCUGUUCGAACGCCUCCAAAGGAAGAGCAGAAGGAAGAUAUUAAUCCUUCAAAUUUGGCAUCUGUUGAUGAAGAAUGGAUAACUACACACGCCAGUCAGGUUUCUAGAAUGCUUCCUGGAGGCUUACUCAUUCUUGGUGUAUUUAUUAUUACAAGUCCAGAACUGUCAAAAGAUAGUCAAAAUGCUUUGCGCAAGCUAAUCUUCUCAGUGGAAAAGUCCUUGACUAAAAGAAGGCUCUGGAAACCUGCUGAGGAAGAAGUCUCAGAGAGAGCAGCUCUUCAAAUCUGUUCUGCUACAAAAAAAGUAGUUUGCCGAACCUAUGAUGUACAAGAUCCAAAGAGUUCAGCUAAACCAGCAGAUUGGAAAUAUCAGAGUGCUUUGUCUGCUUCCUGGUUAGCUUUGGACUGCACAGUAAAUGUUAAUAUUCACAUUCCACUUCUUGCUACUUCACCAAACCAUGACUUGGAAAAGAAUAUCAAGAAUGGAUUAAAUCGAUGGGCAAAACAGGUAGAAGACAGUGUUUUUCUGAUCAAUGGACAAGUUAAAGACUAUGAUGCAGAACUACUGGAGGGGCAGAAAAAGUCAAGAGGAAAUACUCAGUCCAGCACUCAGUUUUCUGGUGUCCAAGUCCUGACACAGCUGUCCCAGGGUUCAAGUCAUAGAUCAACAGCUACAGUCCAGGUCUGCAGUGGUUCCAUAAAUCUCAAAGGUGCUGUGAAAUGCAGAGCCUACAUACAUAACAACAAGCCAAAAGUUAAAGAAGCUAUUCAGGCUUUGAAAAGAGACAUAAUAAACACAUUGAGUGAUAGGUGUGAAAUAUUAUUUGAAGAUCUGAUUAUAAGUGAAGGACCUCACAAAAAAGAUUUUGAGAGGGAAUAUCAUGUCUUACCUCAAAGACUGUUUGUCCCUAUUGCUGGAUCCAGUGUGAUGCUCAGUGAUUAUAGGUUUGGUGAGGAGGCUACUGGAGAAAUUCAGGAACGUUUUGUUGAAAUGUUGGAUCAAUCUGUGCAAGCUGAAGAUAUCAAUAUAGCAGAGGAAAUUAACACAGUUGAUAUUUGUCCAGUUACUGACAAUGUGGAUGAGACACAACAGAAACAACUGACAAAAGCAACAUUGCUCUUGAAACUUCAACAAAAUAUGGGUGUGGUUAUAGCAGCUGCCGUUGCAGUCUUUGCAUCCAUCUUCUCUUUCAAUUACUUCAGUGAUUAA